AAUAUCAAUAGCUGCUUAGUGUUCUCGACGGUGUGGGCGAACUGCGCAUGCGCAUGACCGAGCUCUCGGACGCAAAGUCGGCCUGAUCCAAAGGGUCCACACAUCAAAAAUCGAAAAUAAGAGAGUCAUGUCGGGAUUUCUGGACGGUGUUCGGUGCGGAGACUGCGACUGCAAUGUGGACUGGGGUGAAAAAAGAAACACUGUCGCAUCGAUAGCUGCUGGUGUUCUGUUCUUCACAGGUUGGUGGAUCAUCAUUGAUGCAGCAGUCAAGUAUCCAGCUGAUGAGGAGUUUUCUCAUUCUUAUCACACAUGUGGAGUCAUUGCUACAGUGGCUUUUCUGAUGAUAAACGCUGUGUCAAAUGGCCAGGUCAGGGGUGACAGCUACAGUGAAGGCUGCAUGGGGCAGACAGGCUCUCGCGUGUGGCUCUUUAUUGGCUUCAUGCUGUCUUUUGGAUCCCUCAUUGCAUCUAUGUGGAUCCUGUUUGGAGGUUUUGUAGUGCCUCAGAGUCCUAUCGUCUACCCUGGGAUUGCCGUGUUUUUCCAGAACGCGUUCAUUUUCUUUGCGUCCCUGGUGUUCAAGUUUGGACGUACAGAGGAUCUGUGGCAAUAACUGACUCCAAGUGUGUCUGUUUGUCAUUGUUAUACACUGCUUACUUUAUUAUUUUGAGACAGUAUGCUUCAGGCUUCAGUGGUUACUACUCAUCAAUUUGUAUGUAGCCUUUGUAGCGUUCAGGAUUGACUUUUUUUAAUUUAUAUUUGUGUUGCUGUUUUAAAAGGCUAAAUCAUAACCAAGCACAAAUCAAAAACUCAUCGACUGUUUUGAACUGUGGGACAUUUUAAAAUGUGUGUCUGCCCCCGUGCAGCUGUGAAGAUGGUAUAUUAUUACUUUUGUGUAUAAGGUCCAAUUAAGCCCUCUGUGGGUAUGCUUACGCUCUCCCGUCAUUUUUUUCACAGUAACCCAUCAGCAGUGAUAAAAACACAUUUUGUGAUUAUGUCAAAUAACUAAGGGAAUGACCAUGAAAUACAUUCUGACAAAACUUGCCAUGUGAGAUGAUAUCUUUAUGAAAUAACAGUGAGCUCGGAAUCUUGUCAUGCUGAUUUAUUGUAAAAUGCUUUUGGUCUUGCGGAUCCAAAUUGAGGUCAACAUUUUUCACAACUGUCUGGUAGAUUUACUUAAUAUGUGCAUCCAUUUCUUACGUUUGUACAAGGGGGUCAGUUUCUGGCUACCAUAGCUAAAUUAAACAGAAUCAUCCUGA